AUUAGAGGGCGCUUAUUAUGUUUCUGGUUACCAAGCUUGUUUAUAUGACAACCGGCGAUACUGUAUUUAAAUAUGUUGUAAUUCUGAUUGAUCGUUUAAAUUUUUUAUUAUGGAAUCUAAAAACAGGUUUACAUUUCUUGUGAUAGUAGCUGUUAUGGCAAUACUUUAUCAGUUAGAAGUGAAGCAGAAUAAAUGGGUCACUUCUAAAUCUAUUCUAUUGAAAUCGAAAGUAGAUGAUGCAUUUAGUUUUAUUACAACAGUUGAUUAUAUGAGAAAGAAAUGCAACUUUCCAGGUGAAUAUGCAGUUGUUUAUAAAGUAGUCGAUUAUUCUUCCAAAAGACGUAUUGUUGUUGAGAGUGAUAUUUUCCUCAGACCACGAGUAGAAUUUGAUUUCUUAGAAGUGAAAGAAAAUGAAACUAAAUUUACAAUAACAAUCUUAAAUCGGUCACUAAGUUAUUUAUUUCAGUAUACCCUUGGACCGAUUUUAUAUUUUCUGAACAAUCAGAAACUUCAAAAUUCUCUUUUCCUUUUAAGGAUGGUGUUACCAUAUUAAAAUGUGUAUUUAUUAUUAAAGUUAUAAGAGAGUAAUGUAUAUAUAUUCUUCCCAGAUAUGUUGUAAGAAUUGUUAUACCUUUUUUUAUUUUGUUUGAAGAGUGUAGACAUGGUUUUUAAUAUUGUUUUAUAAGAAUGACUUGUGACUAAAAUUAAUGUAGUGUUUUUAAUUUACUUAUAGCAUUAUGACAGAUAUAUUACAAAUGAUAUUCAUAUAAUGUAAUUAUACUAUAACAGGCAAAAAUAUUUAUAAACUAAAAAAUAAUUGAAUUUUCUUCUGUGAAAUAACUUUAGUUAAAUGUUCUGUAAUACAUUACAUUGAUUUUCUAGAGUUAUUGAUGUGAAUUAUUUUAAUUUGUAUAAUAUUCACACGGAUUAUCAUAUAUUAUUUAAAUAUUUUAC